AUGUAUGAAAAUGAGUAUCACGCUAAUUAUAUUUGUGCGAGAAUAAGUACUAUUCUACUCCAGAAUGAGUACUACUGGGAUGUGUUUAAUGGGAUAUCCCAUUUUUGCAUGCCCUAUAGCAAUACAUAUAUAUAUUCCAGUAACAGUAAGCAAUAUCAAAUCGAUCGAUGAUCAUAAAUGGCGGAGGGCAAAUACGUGGAGCUCACCAAGGAUCAAGAAGCCGUCGAUAACAUCAUCCCGGGCGAGCUCAACCAGCCCAUUGAUGUUGACAAGCUGAGUUGCCGGAAAUGCAUUGAAUGUGGGCAACCCUUGCCUGAAAGCUACCAACCUCCUGCUGAUGAAGAUUGGACCACUGGGAUUUUCGGUUGCACAGAAGAUACCGAUAGUUGCUUGACUGGACUAUUUUGUCCAUGUGUACUGUUCGGGCGGAAUGUCGAAAGGCUUAAUGAGGAAAUAUCCCAAAGAGGGGCAUGUUUUGGCCAUGUAAUUUGUGUUGAAGGCGGCAUCACUCUUGCUGUUGCGACAGCAGCAUUGCAUGGCGGCAUUGAUCCCCAUACAAUGUGCCUCAUUACCGAGGGUCUACUCUUUGCGUGGUGGGUCUGUGGCAUCUAUACAGGCAUGGGGAGGCAAGCAUUGCAGAGAAAAUACCAUCUAAAGGAUGCACCUUGUGAACCAUGCUUGGUACAUUGCUGCUUCCACUGGUGUGCUGUGUGUCAGGAGCACAGAGAGAUGAGGAAUCACCUGGCUGAAACUACUCCAUCAGUAACGAUUGUAGAGCCGCCACCCGUUCAACAUAUGAGUGCUGACGAGAAACAGGAAGCAGAAUCUUCGUCGGGCAAAGAAAUCGUUAGUGUGAGUAACAAGUUGGAGAUGCAACCUUCAUCGUCGUAGAACGAUACACACUUCUCCUAGAUGGUUCACAGAGGGAUAUUAGUUAGUAGUUCCAUUUUUUUUCAGUUAUAAAACUUGGACAGAGGU